CCCUGCCCCUCCCCUGCCCUGUGGGGCUGGUGCCCCCUAACCCUAGAGUAAAGGGGGCAGGGGGUUAUAGGAAGGAAAGAUUAGGUUUGGGGGGAAGAGCUGUGAUACCCCUAUAAAUACUCCCAUCCCCAAAUGCUAAUUACCUCUCAGAGCCAAUCCCAUCAGGGAGUGAACCCAGGUGUCCUGGCUCCCAGCCUCCCCCUGCUCUAGCCAGUAGACAUCACUCCCCUUCCAGAGCCGAGAGAGAACCCAGGAGUCCUGGAUCUUUGGCCCAUUCCCUUUGAGUGACGCUCCUUCCCCCCCACCCCAGCUACCCUUCUCGGUGAUCGGCUCCCUGAAUGGGGUGCACAUGUUUGGGGCGAACCUGGACGUCCUGCUGACGGCAGCCUGCACCGCAAACACCCAUGUGGUGUGGAGGGUCUUCCACAACAGCAUCACCCUUAUCGUCCUGUCGUCAGAGGAAGGAGCCAGUGACUUUGCCCUGGGGCGCCUGCUGGACAACACCUUCAGCGCUAUGGUGCUAAUCCUGGGCUUGGAGGAGCUGGUGAACGUCCGCAACAUUGAACGCCUCAAAAAGGACCUGAGGGCCUGCUACAAGCUGAUUGACAGCUUCCUGGCCCCCCUGGAGCGGAGCGGGGACCUGACACAGUGUGUGGAGUGUGUCCCUGUGCCCCACGGUGUCGCCCUGCAGGAGUGCCUGGAAGCCUUCGUGGCCGCAGCCGAGAGCCGCUUUGGCUGCCUGGUGGCUGGGGGCCGGCUGGCGCUGGCCACAGAGCCCUGGUGGCAACUGGCCCCCCAGGAGCUGCUGCUGCUGAGCUGGCUGGUGGGCUCGCUGCCCCCCCACACGGCGCGGGACUACCCCAUCUACCUGCCCCACGGCAGCCCCACGGUCCCCCACCGGCUCCUCACCUGCCAGCUGCUGCCCGGCCUGGAGGCCUGCCUGAUCUGUGGGCCCAGCCCUGCCCUGCACACCGUGGAGACCGAGCUGGUGCCACGGUUCUGGAAGCCCCUGCUGGAGCCGCUGCAGGCGUGUGUCAGCCCCCAGCCCCACGGCCUGCCCCACGGCACCACACUGCCCCCUGGAGUCCUGGCGUUCCUGUUGAUCCAUCGGGAGCAGAGGAGCAGCCAGAGCUCAGUGCAGCCCCCAGGAUCAGGCGGGGAGGGCCUGUCCCCCAGGCACCGCGCCCGCGCCCUGCGCCACUUCUACGCCCUGGUCACCACCCGCUACUUCCCCUGGGAGGGCAGCCCAGCGCCCCCUCAGGAGCCGUUCCAGGCCGGCUUCCCGCACCGCGCCCGGCACUGCUACGUGGUGAGCGCCACGCACAAGGCCUACGCCAUCCACGCCCCCCAGCACCAGCUAUUCCUGCUCCUGGCACCCCACGUGCCCACCUUCGCCCUGCGGCCCCUGGCUGCCUGCGCACUGCAGCGCCUCACCGGGGACAUCGCCUGCUGAGACGCCGGCCCGGACACCUGGGUUCCGCCUUGGGGGACGAAAGGGGAUUUCUUCGGGCUAUUCUGUAGGAUUACCGUGUGCGCAGAAGAGCAGCCAGACUUGGUCCAACCAUUGGCCCAUCCAGCCUUGUGUCCUGCCGGAGGCGAUCGCUGAGUGAUCCACCCGGCGCCCAGCCCCAGCUCCUGGCAAACAGCGGCCACGGACCCCAUCCCUGCCCAGCCUGGCUAAUGGCCACCGAUGGACCUGUCCUCCAGGGACCUAGCUAGGUCUUUUCUGAACCCUGUUCUAGUCUUGGCCUUCACAGCAUCCUGUGGCAGGGAGUUCCACAGGCUGGGGGAAGGAUAUACUUCCUUUGCUUUUUCAACCUGCUGCCUAGUAAUUUCAUUGGGUGAGCCCUGGUUCUUGGUUUAUGAGUAAAUAACACUUUCGCUACACGGCUGUCAUUUCCGCCUUUAGGCGGGUGCGUGCCUCAGUUUCCCUUAUGUACCUGAGUAAGGAGGGGAAGGGGAAAAUGUGUUUUCUUUGCAGAAGAAUCCAAAUACCCAGGUGGGGCCUGGGACCCGGUGACGUGUCCUAGCAACUGAUGACCCUGGCCCUGUGCGGAAGCCAGCUGGGCAGGAGGGGAGACCUGGGGACCCGGUCUGGUCCCUGACUGAGGAGGGGCUAGGUGGGGGGGGGGCUGCGUGUGGACCAGGGUCUGCUGGUGAGACGGUUCUGGCCUGGGGUCAGGCUGGGGUAGGGGAGAGGCGCUCUAGGCUCACACCCCACCCAGCUGGACUUGGCUGUAACUUCCUGCUUUUGGUGCUAACGAAGAAUUUUCCACGCUGUGUUCCAGACAAUCAACCCCCAUGUUUUCACCACGUGGGCUGAGAGGCAUUACAGCCUGGAGAGGGGAGUGCGCUGCUGCCCUUGGGGGGCGCUCAUGCUGUUAGCAGGGGUGUGCAAGGCUCAGUGAUUAAUCCCAGGAGGCUUCCCCCAGUGACAGCGUGUCCACAUUGAAGAGGGACUGAUUCAGAGCUGGUCAGGAACACCGAACCCGCGACAGGCGGUGGCAGCGGUGGGAUUGUUAUAAGGCACGGCUGGAGAAGAAUGAUCAGCCCCAGAGGCAGGUUCCAGACCCCAACAGGGCUACAAGAGGGGCCUGGAGCAGCAGCAGGGCAUCCCCAAGACCCAGCUUUCUGUCCAGCAGUGGGGCUGCUGAGCCUGGCCCCACAGCAGAUGAGCUGAGGCCACAGGCGCCGGAGGACUGGCAGAGGGAAGGGGAGGACCAGGCAGGCCAGCCAAAGCAUGGACUGAAGAUGGGGAGCGGAGAGGCAGGAAGACCCCCGUGGGGUAAGUAGGGAGACUCCGAGCUGCAGGGAACGGGACUCCAGAGUGGUGCCCUGCUUUAUGCUGCUCAAGUGUGAACUGAGCCCUGAAGCUUUUGGGGUGCACGGAAGUCCCCAGGAUGACCUGCCUGGAAGGCCCCACCCUGCUGGGAGACUAGCCCCACAAGUGGGGUACGGGGGCCCUGCGCUGGAGGAUUUGUAGAAGCUGGAGGAGAUCUGCCCUCAGGAAGCCUCAUGCCAUCUUGUCCUCACCCCCUAGUUAAUCAUGCUGCACCUGGGGAAACUGAGGCACACACCCUGUGAAUACAAAGUACUCCAAAAAACAA